AUGGCCGAUCCCGUCACGGAACUCAGUCCCUCAGGCAACACCGCCACACCGCUGACCCGUAAUGUCCGCCGGAGAUUGGUCCAAUCUACGCUCUUCCCUCACAAGCCGGCAGAGCCCCGCAACAAACCCGAGGAAAAUGGCGACAGUUGUGACGAACAAGACGAGGAUUACUGCGAGACGAAGAGUCGCAGGAAGAGAAAGUCCAAAGGAAAAAAAGUCGCUCCCACCGCAAAUAAAGGUCCCAAGAGUGCCACACCAAAGAAAAAUGCACCAGCUAAUGGAAUUGUGGGGAAUGUUUCGUCUGAUUUCGAUAAAGUUGAUAAACCUAAGCCCGAUUUGCGUUUAGAGGCAAAGUUGUCAGCUGAGGAGAAUUCAAGGAUGUUUGCAGGUCGGCAAGUUCAUCCAUUUUUUUCAUCCUGUAAAGCAGGGAAGAAAGUUCAGGAGCUGUCUGAAUCAGGAAGUGAUCUAUUCAAAGCUAAGAGUGGGGAUGACAGGAUUACCUGUGGUCCUAUUCAUGUAUUUGAAAAUAUCAAGGCUGACACCUCAUCGCUAGAUUGGAGAAAAUGGACAUUUUUGAGUAAUUCCACCCAUGUGAAUGGUGGAUUAGAAAGUUUAAAUUCAUCUGUUUACGAGGGUUCUGUUGAAUGCUUAAAUUUUGAUAAGCUUCUUAGUACUUUACAUCCAUUGGGGGCCUCAAGUUUUCAUUCUCCGUGUCCAGAAAAUCUGCAAGAAACAUCAUUACCAAACUCAAUUUUACAAAAGGAGCAAACAAAAAAUGCCAAAGUGGACUUGGAGGUGGAUGAGUCUGAUACCUUUUCUGUGCUAGCUGGCUAUUUUAGAAAGUCAUGUACUGAGCCGUCUAGUAGAUUUCUUCAAGAAAGGUAA